AGUUGCUCCUCUCUCGCAUUAAUUUUUUUUCCCGUUACCGCAGUUACGCUACCGCGUUUACGUUUACGCUGUCCGCUCUUGAGUCUUCCUUGCAGACGUUCGCCUCACGUGAGAAGAAGAAGUGCACUUCGAAGAGUUCAUCUCGCUGCGUUGGCUCACUUCGCUGAUAUUUCUCCCGCACGUAGCAUUAUCAUUUCCCUUUCCCUUUUAUUGUAAGUUUUUUUUUUUAAUCCAUACACGCAGAAGACAACACGUAGGCCCAAUGUGCAACGCUCCUUUCCGUGUCGGCAUUGUGAUCUACUGCAUCCUGCAGUUCAUCGCCUUCCUCUUUCUUCUGGUGGGCACGCCCAUCGAUCAGUUCCGCCUGGGCACCGAUGACAUGUUCAGCAACAGCCCCUGCCUCACCAUCUGGGGCUGGAAGAACAAGUGCAUCUCCGCCACAUGGAGCACCCUCACGAACGAGCUCUGGUCCAAUUGCACGCACCGCCGGGACCGCUUCCGCGCCUCGGAGGGCCUCGCCAUCGCUGCCCUCGCCAUCGCUCUUAUCGCGUGCAUCUUUGGCUUUGUGAUGCUGUGCUGCUGCCGCUGCCUGCGCUGGCUGUGCUUCAUUUUGAACCUGCUCGCCACUGGUACGGGCUGCGCGGUCAGCGCCCUGAUGAUUGACGCGUACUACAACCGCCACGAUUCCUUGACGACGGGGGAGGUGGUGAUCGGCAACAUUACCUGCGGCGCACUGCGCGAAAAUGCCUUCGUGAAGGGAGAGGUGGGUGCUGGAGUGGCGCACUUCAAGUACGGUGCGGGCUUCGCGCUACAUAUCGUGGGCUGGGGUCUCUGCUUCAUCAAUAUCAUCUUCCUGAUGCUGCCGUGCUAA